GUAUACGAUGUAGGUAUUUAAUAUGUAGCUGUGUGUAUUUGGAGUGUAUAAACUCGUAUUUUCCAAUAUUGUCUUUCUAUAAAAAAACAAAUAUCUUUAUCUUUCUAGCUGUAUCUUUUUUAAAAUUAAAAUUGUGGUGCUUGGCGUCUAAAAUUGGUGAUUGAAAACGUAGAACUAGACAUAGAAAUAUUAAUUAACUUAGUGAAAAUGUAUGAUUUUCUUUACAAUAAGAAAUCAAAAAAUUAUAAGGAUACCAUUAUGAAAGAAAAUGCUUGGUUAGAAAUAGCAACGACACAUUCCUCAACACGUAAAGCAAUUAUAUAGAGUAAUUAAAAUGUUUUAAAUAUUAUUUUUAUAUGUAGCUGACAACUGUUUAAAAGUUUGGACAAGUUUGAAAGACAAAUAUACAAGAGUAAGGAAGAAAAUUAAAAACGUUCCCAGUGGAAGUGGUUCAAAAGAUUUCUAUAAGUGGCCCUUCUACGAAGAUAUGCAUUUUUUAGAUGUACACGUACAAGAAAGAAGGUAAGAAAACAAUCAAAAAAUUUAUUUUUCAAGUUAAUUAUAUAUAUCUACGAUGUAUUUCCAUAGAAAAACUAUUACCAACAUGGUGAGAGAAGUCAGUGUCAGCAGUGAUUCGCCAGAAUUACCAUUGGCAGUGUCAAUAGACUCAGAAUUCAGUCAAGAGGGAGAGGAAAUGGUAAUUGAAGGACCAACUGAAGAGUUGCCAUCACCGAAACCAACUAAAGUCCGGCGAAUGAAUUUAACCCCAUCAUCUUCAUCAAAAAGUGCCAAUAUGGCAAACAAUGAUGUGAAUAACAAAAUAUUGAAAACAUUAGCUGCAAUGGCAAAUAAAAAAUCCACAUUGGGAGAAAGGUUUGGGCAAUUAAUUGCAGCGGAAUUAGACGCAAUUGAAGAUGAUAACAUUAGAGCAAUAAAAAAACAAAAAAUAUUGCAAGUGUUGUACGAAUAAACGAA